CAAUGUUUAAUCAAACUGUCUGAACCGUAAAGUGCAUUCAGUUAACAGUGCGUGCUAUAAUUUGUGAUCGGUAGUUAUAAACGGUGUGUCAAAAAAAUAUCUGUGCUUUGAAAGAAAAUGUUUUUUACAAGCGUUUCCUAAUUAAUGCCGCCGCUUUCAUCUUCUUUAAUUUCUAUGGAAGCUUGCCUUCGCAAUGGAGACAUGGUCAGUGGAAUAUCAUUGCCGAGUUCGACAUCGAGCCAGAUUAAAGGAUUUUCCAGUACCGAUGGCUCUUUAUCCCUUUACACUGCCUUGUUCGACUACUCUGCUCAGGGGGAGGACGAACUAUCCCUUCAGAGGGGUCAAAUAGUUGAAGUGUUAUCAAAAGAUGCCAAAAUCUCAGGAGAUGAGGGCUGGUGGACUGGAAAAAUCGGCGAUAAAGUUGGAAUAUUUCCUUCAAAUUUUGUUGCCGAAGACGACCCCAUUAGCGAUGUCAAUUCGGUUAUGGGCGAUAUUCAUCCCCAAGAAAUUGAUUUUAAUGAAUUGCAACUGCAAGAAGUUAUUGGAGUUGGGGGUUUUGGCAAGGUAUAUCGUGGGUUUUGGAACAACCAAGAAGUGGCUGUGAAAGCAGCAAGACAAGAUGCUGACGAAGACAUUCAAAUGACAAUUGAAAGUGUUCGACAAGAAGCAAAGUUGUUUUGGUUAUUAAAGCAUGAAAACAUUGUGUCUUUACGUGGUGUGUGUCUAGAAGUGCCUAAUUUGUGUCUUGUUAUGGAGUAUGCUCGUGGAGGCUCUUUGAAUAGGAUUUUAGCUGGUCGUAAAAUUAGACCAGAUGUGUUAGUAGAUUGGGCCAUUCAAGUAGCUCGGGGUAUGGAUUAUUUGCACAAUGGAGCUGCCAUCAGUUUGAUACAUAGGGAUUUGAAAAGCUCAAAUGGUGAGUUUUAUGUUUUAUACAUAUUAGAUUAGUUAAUUUUAAGAUUGAU